AUGGCUGUGAAAACAGGCGCUCAGCUCAUCGCGCGCACCCUGCGCGACCUCGGGGUGACAGUCAUCUUCGGCAUCGUCGGCAUCCCCGUUGUCGAGAUUGCAGAAGAGGCAAUCAACCUAGGCAUCCGAUUCGUGGCAUUCCGGAACGAGCAAGCUUGCAGCUAUGCAGCCAGUGUCUAUGGAUACAUGACAGGACGCCCUGGUGUCUGUCUUGUCGUCGGGGGGCCUGGAGUCCUCCAUGCCUUGGCCGGAAUUGGAAAUGCCACGGCAAACAACUUCCCUCUCCUUGUGCUUGCUGGGUCAGCUGAGACCACCGCCGUCACAAAGGGCGCUUUCCAGGAGUUAGACGCCAUCACCCUCUUGGCCCCUCACACAAAGUUCGCUGCGCGCGCUUCAUCACUCGACUUCAUCCCAAAUGCUGUCAAGAAUGCUUAUCGGACAUGCUGGUAUGGUCGGCCGGGGCCGACCUUCGUCGAUCUGCCUGCCGAUAUUAUCCAAGGGAAGCUGGCACGGGGAUUCGAGGUACCGCAGCCAGAGAACCUGCUCGUCUCGGCACCACCUAAAGCGAGCGGUGAUCCAGCGUUGAUCUUGAAGGCCACCCAGCUGCUGAAGGCUGCUAGCGCACCUCUCAUAAUCAUUGGCAAGGGCGCAGCGUAUGCGCGUGCAGAGUUGGGUAUUCGCCAACUGGUCGAGCAGACACAAAUCCCGUUCUUGCCUACGCCGAUGGGCAAGGGAGUGGUACCGGACUCACAUCCUCUGAAUGCAUCAAGCGCACGAAGCGCCGCACUGAAAAAUGCAGAUGUCGUGCUUGUUCUCGGCGCACGCUUGAACUGGAUCCUACACUUUGGUGAGCCGCCGAAGUGGUCCCCUGGCGCGAAGAUAAUCCAGGUAGACAUCUGCGCGGAGGAGAUCGGGCGCAACGCUGGGGCCUCCGAGCUCGGCAUCCUCGGAGAUAUCAGUCUAGUCGUUGAUCAGAUCACGGCAUCCCUAUCCAACUGGAAAUACUCGGCCUCUGCAAAGUUCCCGUCACUCCUCGCCGAAUCGGCCAACAAGAAUGAAGACAAGGCGGAAAAGGCAGCGCUCAGACAGACGGCCCCCGGCUCGCCACUAACAUAUCAACGCGCCUAUCACAUCAUAAAAACGACUCUCAACUUCUUGACGCCAGUCGAUGAUGGGGACAUUGUCUAUGUCUCCGAAGGCGCCAACACAAUGGACAUUUCUCGCUCCAUCUUCCCGCUAUACCACCCGCGCCAGCGUCUGGACGCAGGGACCUACGCCACCAUGGGCGUCGGAAUGGGCUACAUUGUCGCCGCACACGAGGCCUUCAACGCGACACCCGAAACCAGCACAUCGCGGCCCAAGAAAAUCGUCGCCUUCGAAGGCGACAGCGCGUUUGGCUUCAGCGCGAUGGAGAUCGAGACACUGGCGCGGUACCGUAUCCCAGCACUGAUCUUUGUCGUCAAUAACUCGGGCAUCUACCACGGUGAUAGUACCUCGGAAGAUGCGUGGAGGACACUACAAGACCAAACUGUGGCCAACGACACCAAGAAGUCCGAGCCCACCGCGUCGGAUGCCCAGGGUACAACCAAGGGCCUGCGCUCGACUAGUCUGCUCUACGAGACGCGGUACGAAAUGCUCGCCACGAUGUGUGGUGGGAAGGGGUACUUUGUUCGGAAUGAGGAGGAGCUCGAGAGGGCUACGAGGGAGGGCUUCGCGAGCGAUACCGUUACGAUUGUGAAUGUUAUUGUUGAGCCUGGGAUUGGCAAGGAGAUUGGGUUCGCCUGGCAGAAUCAGCCGAAGGAGGGGAAGGCGAAGUUGUAG